AUGCUCGGACGCGACUUGGCGGCUCCAGGCGUGGCAAGUGGAAUGCUCAGCAGAAGAAGGCUGACGCACAUGCCGGUUCGCAGCGUGUGCAGCAUCACCUUUCGCCGUGAGGUGGGGAAGCUGUCCCGACCUUUCUCCGGUGAGCCGCUCGCUGCCUAUCUGGAGGCACACAGCUUGGAGGAAUUGGAUCUGGCGGAUCUCAUCUCCGAGCUGUUGCGCCUGGCCGUUGUCGACGGGGCGGUCUCGGAUUCCGGCAAGAGUCAGAUCUCAGUCGAGGAGUACAUGGCCUCCCUUGCCCUGGAGCAACAGAAGCAGAUGGAAGCUGAGAUGGAGGAGUUAGCCAUGCGAGGUCGGGAGCUGCAGGUGGCCAUGCCCAAAAACAUGGAGCUCGUGGAGUUGGGAGAUGCCGACGCCGAGGCCGAGCUGCCCCAGCUCGACGUUGCGGUCGACUCUGUGCGAACGGCGGGAGGAGACUACAACUGGGUCCUCCUCGGAAUGCAAAAGCCACCAGCACCGACAGAUAAGGCAGCCGAGGACAAGCCAUCCAAUGAAACCAAGAAGACUCAGGAUGCAGCUGCCGAAGCCAAGAAAGUAGAGGAGGGACGCCUAGCCCAGGCAGCAAUUGCCGAAAAGGAAGAAAAUGAAAGAUUGGCCAGGGAGGCUGCUGCUGCUGCUGCUGCUGAGGCUGCGGCUGCCGAAGCCAAAAAGGCUGAGGAGGCUGCAGCAAUCAAAGCCAAGAAAGCGGAAGAGGAGCGGCUGGCCAAGGAGAUGGCUGCUUCCGAAGCCAAGAAGGUUGAGGAAGAGCGACAAGCAAAGGAGGCUGCUGCCGCAGCAGCGGAGGCCAAGAAAGCGGAAGAGGAGCGGCUGGCCAAGGAGAUUGCUGCUUCCGAAGCCAAAAAGGUUGAGGAAGAACGACAAGCAAAGGAGGCUGCUAAAGCAGCCGAAGCCAACAAGCUGGAAGAGGUGCGAAUGGCUGAGGAAGUUGCUGCGGCGAACGCCAAAAAGGCAGAGCAGGAGCGGCUAGCCAAAGGAUCUGCAGUUGCUGCUGCUGUUGUUGCCGUUGCUGAAGCAAGUAAGGUUGAAGAGGAGCAGCUAGCUAAAGACGCUGCUGGUAAGGAGGAGCGGCGGGCCAAAGAAGCCAACGCCAUUGCUGAAGCUACAAAGGGACAGCCAGCCCAGGAGGCUUCGGUCAAGCUUGAUCCGUUGAAAGUGUCAAGCGCGACCGCGACCCGGUCUCGUGCCUCGCAAUCUGACAAAGGAUACCCGAGGCGUGCAUCACAGCCAGCAUCAACCAUGAGCAAAGAUGUUUCAGCGGUGGCAGUGGGCGCAAGCGUCAGACCCGAGGCUUCAAGCAUGCCUCCAAAGGAUCACAGGUUUGACCAGCCCAGCUCACCAGCACCAGGGCGCGCAGCCCCGAGACUGGCUGGAAAGAUGAAGCUGAAGUCUGGAUGGGGCUGGUGGUGGGCUCGACGCCAUGUGGAGCUCAGAGCUGGGAAGCUCCAGUGGUGGAGAAAGGAGCCACAAGGACCUCCGGAUGUAGAGUUGCGGCUGAGCGACGGCAUCACGCGCUGGGUGUUAAUGCGGCACGAGGGUGCCAUCCUGGAGCUUGUCUGCGAGAGCCGCAGUGGCUCGUCAUCCAAGGCCAUGGGCGAGCGAGUGCUUCUCCGCAUGGAGAGCCAUGCUGAUGCACUCGAGUGGGCGAAGGCUCUGCGUGAGGAGAUGGAGUAUGUGGAAGCGCUCCUCUCCUGGCCUAUGCCAUUGGAGGGCCGCCAGGGUGAUGUCAGGUACUAUGGCAUCGAGUAUCCAUCCUGA